AUGGGAUCGGUAAUCGGGAUUCCCGGACAGAACUUUGCUUUUUUAGGGGGCGGCGAACCACGCGAAGUUUCAGAGGUUCUUGAUGAAGAAAUAGCGAACCAUCUUAAAGAAAUUGGAGUCAGUACAGUAAUUCCAAUUCGAGAAGAAGUCGCAAGAGAUGUGUAUAGCCCAAUAGGGCUUCCUUCAUGCGCUUUUCCAUCAAUUAAAGUUGAUAAACUAUCAAUUGCAUUCUCAGCUUCAGAAUCGGGCGAUAUGCUAAUAACGAAUGAUUCGUAUUCUAACAAUUACUCUUUCGGACCUGGAAAUGAUCAAAUAUAUACAUUUGAACGUCCUCCAGGCGAGAAAUUCGAUGUUAAAUUUACAUUUUCAAAUCGAGAUCCAAAAUUUUUACGAGUAUUUUCUUUUACUAUUAAAAGAAACUCUCAACCAAUACUUGUUAGCGAUACUAUUUACUCUGGAGAUGAAAAACUAGAAAUUACAAAAGUAUUUUGUCAAGAUCAAGCAUUUGAUAAUGAUAAUAAUGAUCAAAACACAUGCUUAAUAUGUUUUUCAGAACCAGCCACAGUUAUAUCUCUUCCAUGCAGACAUUGCUCAAUGUGCCAACAAUGCAGCCUGAAAUUUGCUGCAAUGUCCACAAUUUGUCCUGUAUGUAGACAACCAGUCACAGAACUAAUUAAUGUUGUCAAAAACCAAUAA